AUGCAAAAAAAGGCUGUUAACCAUGUGCUCUCUUCAAGCGGGAAAUCGAGGAAAUUUAGCGGGAAAAGUUGACCGUAUUGAUUUAGGGUUGGACGAAAAUGAAGAUGGCAAAAUCGCCAAUGGAAUUGAGGAGGGGAGAAAUUGUAUGGGCAAGAGUAGUCUACCCUAAGAAAUGGUGGCCUGGUCUACUUUUGAGCGUUGACGCUCUCGGGGUCGCCGUUUCAUUCUUCGACAGCGGCGAGAAUCCUCGCUAUUUCCUAGAAACAGAGGUGUGCUCCUUUCAAGAGAACUUCGAAACAUUAAUUGGGACAGUAAACAACUGCUGUAAAGGCGAGGAAUUGGUGGAUGCUGCCUUGAAAUUGCUGUCAAAACGGGUCACUUCGAGCUUGAAAUGCCCCUGCUAUUUCCGGCCACCGCUGCAGAGCAAUGCAUUGUCGAGGCGGAGCAAGAGGAGGAGGAGAGAAGACUUGUUUCGGUCAGACGCGGUAUUGGGUUUUGUUCUUGGCUUGGCAGUUUCUCCCUUUGUUGGAGUUUCGGAUUUCGUCUAUGCAGUUACGGUGUCUGCCCAGCUUAAUGUAUUUCGCAAUUAUCUCGUGAGCAAGCAAAAGUUGUUUCUACAGCCAGAAGCAAUGAGGCAUCACCAUGAAAGGGACGAUUUUAGUUAUUUAUCCUCUUCGCGUACCUUAGGUGCUUGCUCAGGAGCUGAAAAAUCAGAUGCUUCAGAGCUGGAAUUUGAACCCAUGAGUGAUGAUCAACCUAACAGUGGUUCUUGGAUUCAAACUGAGCAAGCCCGGUUGCAAUCACUGCAUGAAAUGCUGGUAAAAUUGCGUAGUCUUGCUUUAGAUACAAACUAUAUGAGGGGAGAAUUCUUGAACACUGUGAAGCAGAAAAUUUUGAUGUUCAGAAAUUGUGCAUACCAAACUAUCUUGAAUAUUGGGACUGAAAAAUGCUGUUUCAGAGGCAACGAAAUUCAAUCAUCUCAUCCUUGCUGCAAAAAGAGUCAACCAAGUGUCAAGGAUGAUGAAAAUGAGUGUUGGGGUAUUUCCACCUGUCAUAAAUCAAAUCUGGCAUGCCCUAUUAACUUCCUGGGGUUAAAGAGGCAUUUUAAUUAUCCUGUUGAUUCUGAUUUUUGUUUUAAGUUACGCAAAACUAUGACCCUCUUCUCAAUCAAUGGAGCUGAAGCUGAUAUUCAGAAAAGCAAAGCUGGACACAAUGCAUUCAUGUUGGAUGCUUUGAUCUCACAGCCUGCGUUGUCAGAUCUUUAUUUGAAGUUUUGCAACACCAUGCCCUUUUCCUUUUUAAUUGGCAUGGAUGCUUAUUUACAAAUAAAUAGAAGCAGAUGUGAGGCAAGUACUUCUGGUGCUUUUUUCUCAGGGUCUCAAUUAGAGGUAGUUAUUAUUGAUGAUGCAAGUUCAAGAACCAGAAAUUACCUACCAUCUUCUCAUGCUACCAAUCAAAUGCAGAAGGAACCUAGCAGUGAUGAUGAAACUUCUGUGGAAAAUAAUAGACAAAUAAGGACUAAUGCAGCUUUCAGAGACAGCUCUAUGGAUGCUAAGGGUGAAACAUCUGUGGAAAUCAAUAGACAAAUAAGCACUGAUGCAGUUUUCAGAGACAGCUCUAUAGAUGAUGAUGGAACAUCUGUGGAAACCAAUAGACAAUUAAGCGUCAAUGUAGCUCUCAGAGACAGUUCUAUGGAUGAAACAUCUGUGGAAACCAAUAGACAAGUAUGCACUGAUGCAACUUUCAGAGACUGCUCUAUGGAUAAUAAGAAGCUUCAUCCACUUGUUACUUCUCAUGUAUCAUUCAAGCCGCAAGCAGCUCAGCAAUCAACACAUGAUACUAUUGGCAAUUAUCAAUCUUUGUACAUGAAAUUCCCCAAGGAUUUUAGCCUUCCAUCCAAGAAGGAUUUGAUAAGGAAAUUUAGUAGAUUUGGGGAAGUAGACUCAUUUAGAACCAAAAUCUAUACUCGAAUGGGCUCUGCCCUGGUUGUUUUCUUACACCAGCCUGAUGCAGUGGCUGCUUAUCAGUAUGCAAAGAGGAAAAAAAAUAUAUUUGGUGAACCAAAUAUCCUGUAUUGGCUUGACCCAUAUGAGAAAAAGACAAGACUAUCAAAGUAUGUUGUACCCCUGCCAAACAUAAAAUCCUGCCUCAAAAAAUCAGAUUUGCAUGGACGAGAAGGUAAGAAGUGUUCCAAAAGGGUGAGGUUUUUAAUGGAAACAUAGAUUAGAUCACCGCACAGGUGACUAGUUCUUUUGUUAAGUGUUGAUUUCUCUCUGAAAAUUGCCGCAAAAAAUUGCGCUUUAAUAUGAACUUGUUCAGGGAGUCCAAUUUUGUUACUGUUAGUAGCUCAUGUAUGACGAUCAGAGGUUUAAUGAGCAACUGAACUUGUGUAGCUUUUGUGAAACUCGCGUGUUUUGGACUCCAUUAAGAAUAUAUGCUAAAUUAAUUGAAUUAUGUCUUUUAAGGGA